GAUGUGGAAGAUAAUGCCUGGAGCUUAUAAAAAAUUACUUCUACUACUAUUCAUAAAACUUGCAACUUCUUAAUUUUACUAAUAUUUAAUUACGAAACAAAUUGAUUUACCUUAUUAAAAGCUUUCAUCUAAUAAUAAUAAAAAAAAUAUAUUCAAUUUAAGCAUUUCACAUCAUUUGCUGCAUUAAAAAUCUAUAUCUUUAAUAACGCUACUUAAUGGAAGUUGUGCGUCAUUUUAAUAGCAACACUAUAAAUAAAAAAAAAAGGUAGAGAAGGUGUGAAAAUCGAUUCUUGGUUUAUUCGGGAGAAAACAAUUCGUAUAGCAUUCGCAAAUCUUACCUUCUUUUAAUAUAUAAAGGUAUGAUCUCGAUAUUAAUAUUUGAUUUUAUUUUAGAUGUGAAGUUUAUCGCGUAAUAUUUUUUAAAUUAUGAUUUUCAGACAAUGCAUCGAGUCACCACCAAAAUUCGUUUCUUACAACCUCCGUUUUCUGCUACGCACAGGAUUAAAAUGACUUGGAGUCCCAUGUUAAAUCAUAUGGCUUUAUGGGGCCUACGUUUUAGUCGAAGAAGGAAUUGAUGUAAUUCCAAACGAUUAAAAGAGGAAACAAACAAAGUUUCGUAUGAAUUGACUGAGCACAAAAUUCGUAAUCACUCUUCCAAAAACUCGUUCUAAAAUCGGUCACCGUAAACCGUCUAAUGCGAUCUCGUAAAAGAUAACAAUUUCUAAUGAUUAAUUAAUUGAGGAAUACGACCAGAACUUUCGGCAAAUUCUCGUGAGUAGAGGAACGAAGUGCGAUUAAAAACGAGCAUUCGUUACAUAACACAUCAAGUUCGUUUAAAAAUCAUCUGAUUAAACAUUCUCGAGUAAUUUAAUCUGAAAAAAUGACAGAAGAACAUAAUCGUCAGGAGAGAGAAUAUAAUCCAAAGUUUUGGUCUCGACGUGACGAACCCAAAGAAGCUUUAACAAAUCACGCUUUUUUAAUUCAUGAAAUUACUGUUAAAGUAAACGAAAAAGUUCCUCAUCGAUCUAAAGUAAAAUAUGGUGAUUCGGAAAGAUGCGUUAUGGAUAUCUACAGUGAAGAUUUGCCAGGAACUUCUCCAAUAUUUGUUUUCAUUCAUGGAGGUGGUUGGGUUAUAGGAAAUAACGACCUUUACGGAUACAUUGCGGAACCUCUUCGGGAUUCGGGAAUUGUUAUGAUAACAAUCGAAUACGAUUUAGCUCCUUUCGUGACUUUACCUAAAAUGGUGGAUGAAAUAAAGCAAUCAUUGACAUUUAUUGUAAAUUUGGCUUGGAAAAGAGGAUCAAAGGGAAUUUAUUUAUCGGGACAUUCUGCUGGUGCUCAUUUAGCAGCCAUGGCAAUUUCUUCCGAUUGGAUGGAUAAUCCAUUAAAUAAGCGAUAUCUUAGAGCUGUAGUUUUGAUAUCUGGCAUUUAUGAUCUUUCGCCUAUCAUAAAGAUGAGUUUUGGGGACAUUGCAAAUUUCACUCAAGAAACGGCCGAGAUAAGUCCAAUCAAAUUUAUAAACGAGAUUUCAAAACGUAUGAGACCCGACUUUAAAAUCUUAGUGGUGGUAGCAGAAUUCGAUCCUCCCAAAUAUAUCGAACAAGCUAAAACUUAUCAUAAGGCAUUAACGAAUGCAGGAGUUUCUUCUCAGUUUCUUCUUGUUGAAAACGAAGAUCACUAUACAAUUGUAGAAAAAUUAUAUGAUAAGAAAAACAUCCUAACUAGUGCAUGUAUGAAACUCUGCAACGAGUUAUACAAUGAUUAUACUCUAUUAAUUUAUCCCAGCAAAUUGUAAACGCUUGCUGUAAGACUUCUGGAUAUGUAAUAAAUGACGUAAUCAAUAUGUAUAUCGUGCUAUUUCCACGUUUAUUCUCGAACGAAAGUAUCAAUUAUGUAUAAUAUUUUAAAUAUAUUAUGUAUAUACAGUAGAACUCUGUUAAGAAGUUUUUGAAAAUAUUUCUUACUUGGGAAAACCUCUUAUGCAGGAUUUGUACUGUACAAAAUAAUAAUACCCAAGUAAUUUAGAGACCACUUCGGGUGUGCAAGUGUUUGAUAUACAAUAUAGUAAACACCUGGAGUUACUUUAUUAAAACUUUACUAUUUUUAUAAGUGAUAAAGUUAUGGUGAGGAAAAAGUUUACGAUUUGCCUCAAACAUAAACUUCUUAAGUGGGUAAAACAUCGUCGAUAGGAUCGAUAUUUUGAAAUUUCUUACCCGGGAAAACUUGUUAGACGGGAAAUUUUAACACGUGUCUUAAGGUGUAAAUAGAAAUUGGACUUCUCACUUCUUAAACGGGUUCU